AAGAAUGUUUUAAGAUGGCGUGGGUGCAAAGAAAAGAGAGGGGCGUGACAAGAAUUUCCCUGCUUCGACCCACAAGAAGAUCCACCCAAGUGAUUAGCCCCAAAUCAAACAAAUUUGGAUGCGAGUUUGAGAGUUAACGAGGGUUUUGUGCGAAUUAGGUUGAUCUCUGCCACAAUCCGCGGCUUUAUUUAGCAAGCGGUGCUUUGAAUCGACGAUUGGGAAAAAACCCAAAACAGUCUUUCUAUUUCUAGGGUUUCUCUUUUUUAAGAUGUCUCUCAAGUAAAAGAACGAUCUUUGUAGAUUACUAUAGGAGCUCAAACUCAUGAGAACUUGAUACCUAAAUUACUCUUCAGAAAUUCUAUUUAGAUGCGGUGAUAGAUGAAUUAGUUUAUCCCAUGCGGAGGAUAGCCCGGCGCCAUGGAUUUUUGGUGUUAAAAUCCAUGUUUUUCCUAGUUUAAUGCAAUAGCUAUUUACGAUUUUGUGUAGAGAUUAGGAACAUGCCUCGAAAAGUAAAUUAUGGAGUUGAUUAUGAUGAAGACGACUACGAUGAUGGCUAUGAAGAUUACGACUAUGAUUACGACGUGCCAGAAAACUUUGAAGCACCUGAGACAAAGCAGCAGACCACAAGGCCUGGGGUUUGGCGUUGCCCCAUCUGCACAUUUGAUAAUGAAGAUAGUAUGUCUUCAUGUGAUAUAUGUGGGGUUCUCCGUAAUCCUCUAGUUAAUACUCGCAGUGGUAUCAAAAAUAGUACAGUUGAUGGCAUGAGCAAAUAUUCUGGAGCAUCCGUAAUGGCCAAGUCUCUUUUUGAAUCAUUGCAGCAUUCGACACCCAACAAGACUCUAACUCUACAGCAACUCACUGAUGAGUUUGUGAUGGAUGAGUGCAAUAGCUCCUCCCCUUUCAAGUUUGAUGCCCCGUCGCCAGAUGAUUUGGUAUCAAAGGGAUUGCGUUCGUCCAAAGCAGUUUUAAAAGCCAAUAAUAACAAGUUAUCGUCUUCAGACGUUACUUCUAGUGUCACAGAGAAGAAAACUGCAGUUGGAUUGCCCUCCAAUGGUAAAAGAUUUGCUAGCUCUUCAGCAUUAAUGUCAGAAGAUAGUUAUAGCAGUGUAGGGGAGAAUGCCAGCUCUCCAUCAAAUGGGGUUCAGCAACAAAGUCUUUUGACUAGUCUGAAUAAUAUAUCCUUGAAUGUCAAACCUGGAUCCUCAAAGAAUGUUAAUGCAGGAAGAGUUAUAUCAAAUGCUCACUAUAAACCCGAAAAAUGGAUGCUACCUGAGCCUGUAGAAGAUAGACUGACGCAACUGAAUCUUGCCAUUGUUGGUCAUGUAGAUUCUGGAAAAUCAACACUCUCAGGAAGGCUGCUGCAGCUCUCUGGGCGAAUAUCCCAGAAAGAAAUGCACAAAUAUGAAAAAGAGGCUAAACUACAAGGGAAGGGCUCCUUUGCUUAUGCAUGGGCGUUGGAUGAGAGUGCUGAAGAAAGGGAAAGGGGAAUAACAAUGACUGUGGCAGUUGCAUAUUUUGAUUCAAAACGGUAUCAUGUUGUUCUGCUCGACUCUCCAGGCCAUAAAGACUUUGUGCCAAACAUGAUAUCUGGGGCAACUCAAGCAGAUGCUGCAAUUCUCGUUAUAGAUGCUUCGGUUGGUUCAUUUGAAGCAGGUAUGGACAUCUCUGGAGGGCAAACAAGGGAGCAUGCACAACUUAUUAGAAGUUUUGGUGCUGAUCAAAUUAUAGUUGCUAUUAACAAAAUGGAUGUUGUGGAAUACUCCAAGGAGCGUUUUGAUGCAAUUAAAAUGCAAGUUGGGACAUUUCUCCGGUCAUGUGGUUUCAAAGAUUCUUCUGUAUCAUGGGUCCCUUUGAGUGCCAUUGAAAACCAAAAUUUGGUGGUAGCUGCUUCUGAUAGCCGAUUGCUGUCCUGGUAUAAGGGACCCUCACUGUUGGGUGCAAUAGAUUCUCUCCGGCCACCUGCUAGAGAUUAUUCAAAGCCUCUAGUGAUGCCCAUAUGUGAUGUUAUCAAACUGCCACCGCAAGGGCUGGUGUCAGCAUGUGGGAAAUUGGAAGCUGGAGCGCUUCGAAAUGGAUCUAAGGUUCUAGUCAUGCCAUCAGGAGACAUAGGUACGGUGCGUUCCUUGGAACGUGACUCUCAGUCUUGUACCAUUGCAAGAGCUGGAGACAAUGUGGCCGUUUGUUUGCUCGGCACUGAUGCAAGUCAAGUGAUGGCUGGGGGUGUGCUAUGUCACCCCGAUUUUCCAGUUGCAGUGGCAAAGCAUUUGGAACUGAAGAUUCUCACUUUGGAUGUUGCAACCCCAAUUUUAAUAGGGUUCCAGUUGGAAUUUCAUAUACACCACGCCAGGGAGGCUGCAAGAGUUGUAAAGAUAUUGUCAUUGCUUGAUUCAAGAACCGGGAAGGUGACGAAGAAGGCACCACGAUGCUUAUUAGCCAAGCAGAGUGCGGUUGUUGAGGUGGCUCUUCAAGAAGCAGUUUGCGUAGAAGAGUUCUCGACAUGUAAAGCUCUUGGGAGGGUGUUCCUAAGGGCCUUUGGAAGAACAAUUGCUGUUGGUGUCGUGACUCGGAUAAUAGAGGAGCAGCGGGAAUAGUGUUUGUUUCGGUGCAGGAGACUCCUAUGUCUUAAAUGAGAUCAUUUUGGAACGGGUAUUUUUGUUUUGGUACAAGAGAAUUCAGUGUCAUCAAAUCUACGGGCAAAAUACAUGCUGUAAGAACUGGUGCUAUACUUUCUAGCCUAGAGUUAAUCGACAAUAUUUAUUGUUGAUAACGAAGGUAGAUAUUUCUUUGGUAGGGUAUGGUGUUGUACAAUUACAGAGUAAUUUCUUGCAUGCAUUGAGCUGGUUGGUUCCCAAA